AUGACCGCCGUGGCACUGCCUCUUGCGCACCUCUUGGAGGUCGCUGAGGUCGUCUACCGCGUGCGGCGUCUACCUGCCGCGAUCGACCAGCUGCGACUCGUCGUGCAGCGGCUGCGCACGCUUCCCCCGAAUCCGAUGCAUCUGCACAUGAUGCAAAUGACGCAGCUCCGACUGGCCUUUCUCUACCAGCACGUCCGCCGCAUGGACUUGGCCAUCGAGGCCAUCAAUCAUGUCGAAGUCCUUAGCACGAAAGUGGGUCAGCGACCGCCGCCUCUGCUGUGGCCGUCCCGUCUCUCGUACCACGUAUCCAAGGAAGAAGCUCAGUUUCUCCGAGGUAUGCUACGGGAGCUUGCGCAAGAAGACGGCGCGCAUGUCGACUACGCCCCAUUGCACGGCCGCCUCAUUGAGCGCGUCAAGCGGUCGCUUCUAGACGAGCAGCGCCUGCGGGCUACCGCCGAGUACCGCGGCAACCACCUCCAAAGUCUCAUCGUCACGGUGGGCGAGAGUUUGCACCUGCCCAUCGCGUCCAUCAUGCACGCUCACUUGCGCGUGGUCGUCAAGUGCGAGGGGUCGCAAGCCGUGACCGAAGAGGGUCCGAGCUGGGAGAGCCUCGAGCCCAACUGGGAGCACCAGCAAGUGCGCCUUCGUGUGCAGUCGCGCCACGCGACAGCGCUGGUGCGCGUGCUGAACCGCCACAUGGGGCGCGAUACCUGCCUCGGCCUCGUCGCCAUUCCGAUCGAAUCGCUUUUGGACGACGGCGGCUUGCCGCCGACGGCCAUGACGCUGCGCGUACCUGCGUCUGUGGCGCUGCGACGUCCGAAUCUGUAUCCGACGCUCGUCCUCGGGUUUCAAAUCACGACACUUGCACCGACGCGGACGACCGAGGCCGACGAAGCGCGCCUGUUGCCGUUCUCGCUGCCCGACUUUUUGAAUUUGCCGUUUGUGUGGGAGCGCUUUGCGGCUCGGUUUGGGACGAAUGGCGAUAGCUUCCUCGCGCGGCCAUUCCUUCUCCAGGCGCUUCGCCGCCACACGCCGCCGUAUUCUCUCAAGACGAUCCGGUUCAUGCUGGCGCUCGCGCGCUGCGAGAUGGACUGCAAUGCGAAUGCGUCUGCGCUCGAGUGGCUUCAGAAGGCGCACACGGCGCUCUUGGUGCUGCCCAAACGCGACGGCGCCCUUGAAGACAGCACGAUUGCGCUCAUGACGCAGUGUCUCGCCCCCGACUCGCCUUUUCUCAAGCAACUACACACGGCCCAAGAGCACCCGAUCAGCCACGAGUAUGUCCAUAUGAGCUACAGCGACGGCGACUGCUACGUCGACAAGGCGACGGGCGAGUGCCUCGCCGAGGCACCGCUCGGGUACAAGCGCCUGCCGUGGAGCUCGUCCUACUCCGUGGUUGUCUAG